CAGAGACGCUCUCGUGCCGGGUCGUCUUGUGACUGUGGAACAACGCAAAACUCUACCACCUAUGAGCACCGUCAAUCCUGGCACAUGGAUUGGGAGGUGGGAAAAGUACACGGGGUCCUUAUCAUGGUGGUCUCGCCGGCUAUCUGCUAGGGUUACACAUGAUGAGAUGGGAGUGAUGAGAUGGGAGGUGACAACCUCAACUGUGAUGAAGGUCACAGGCAAAGUCCUGGCAGCUCCCUGCGGCUUCCUGGGCGUCAACACCAAUCAGCAUACCGCGUGGAGCUUCCGACGCUAAUAUUACUGGAGAUUGUGCGUCGGGAACUCAGCAUCUGGGCCAGUGCGUACCUCAUUGGGGCCUUGGGCUGCGUAUCUUUGGAGCCUCUAAGCCGAGCAAUGAACUAUAUCCUGCACAGGGCCCAGUCAAAGAAGCCGUAUACUCUUGGCUCCUCUUGGUCCUGUACCCUUGCGUUGCUUGUGCUUGCGGCAUUCGAUUCCACUAUUACACCACGUCACCAUGGCAAAGACGCAGCCACACUGUCUACGCGGGAGGUUACACGCGUGCUUGGACGAAGUGGAUCCGUAAAGGCCCUAUAUCAAUCAGACGCCUUAGAGCUACAUACCCCAGACCCAACAUUAAAUUGCACAAGACUACCAUUGCACUUAUACCUCGACACCCGCUGCUCACACGAUUUGCACCCCGUUCCAACCAUCAACGCAUCUUUGAGCGUAUCCCCUCCAACACGUGUAUUGUGUUGAGCACCCCAUUGAUCACAUCCCGUCAACGCUUUCCCAAACACUGGGCUACUCUUUCCUCCCUCCACAUGUCUCCCCCACAUCAUCCCCCCCAAACGUCACCCACCAAUAUGUCUUCACAGCCAUUUGAG